CGGAUAUAGUGAAUGCAGGGUCCGGGGAGACCGGAUAUAGUGAAUGCAGGGUCCGGGGAGACCAGAUAUAGUGAAUGCAGGGUCCGGGGAGAGCGGAUAUAGUGAAUGCAGAGUCCGGGGAGACCAGAUAUAGCGAAUGCAGAGUCCGGGGAGACCAGAUAUAGCGAAUGCAGAGUCCGGGGAGACCAGGAUAUAGUGAAUGCAGGGUCCAGGGAGACAGGAUAUAGUGAAUGCAGGGUCCGGGGAGACCAGAUAUAGUGAAUGCGGGGUCCGGGGAGAGCAGAUAUAGUGAAUGCAGGGUCCUGAGUUUAGUAACACUUUAAGUAAUGGAAUUAAAA